UAUGGAUAUAAUAUUCAGACUUAGACUUCUGAUCAACUAUUAUUUAGACAUUUACAAAGGCCCACCUAAAACUGAUGUGGAAAACAUUCAACUGCGUCACAAAUCCGGAUUACAUUUCCCAACACAAGUGCUUCAUUGUAGAACCUGAGAAGUCCGCGAUCACCGCUGAGCUGCAAUACAUCAAGGAUCUUGCCCAAUUUAAUGCCACUUUUAAGCUGUUCAUGCCUCGUAAGCCUUCCCGCAGUUUUCAGAAAGUAAUCGAUGUGAAUGUGGACAUAUGCCAGUUUGCCAAGGGAAUUCAUGGCCACAGAUUUAUGACAAUUGUCAUCAAAGCCUUCGGAAAGCAGGCAUCUCAGCUGAAGUGUCCUCAUCCCAAGGUAAUACUGACUUUUAAUAUUAAAAUCAAUUCUAAAACGAUUUUCCAGGGCCUUUACGUUUACCCCAACAUCAAUAUUGCCGACAAUUUGCCAGCCUUCUUGCCAGAGACCGAUUUUAAAAUCGAAAUGAAUUUUCUGUCACCCGAAACGCACGUUUUCAAUACCACUCUCACUGGUUUCCUGUAUGAUCCCAUCAAAAGGAAAGCAAAGACUACCUAACUAACUAAAGUGAAUAAAAUGUGUGUUUAACAGCAGCUA